UAUUGUGAAGUUAGUAACUUCGUCGUGGCAAGCAUUGUGCAAGUGUCUAAGUGCAAGUCUAAGCUUGUGGAACUUUCCCUAUCGAGCGCUACAAUUCUUGUUUGUCGUUGAGUGACAUUAUCCGUGAUCGGUUUCAAGUGUUUCAGAGUCCAGAGCAGCGGCUAAGCCAUGGCUAACACCCCAGAGAAGGAGCUGAGUGCAUUCGAAUUGGGAGACUCAUUCGUGAGCUUCUCAUUGAACCAGUGGGCUGCAGAGGAGGUCACUGAGCCAGGAGGUGAUCUGAUUUCGUUUGUUCAGGAACGGGAUCAGCACAAGGUUAUUCAAGAUCAGAAGGAUGAGGAGACGGAUAAGGAUCAGUCUAAGAUCGAGAAGUCUCUGGAAGAUGUAAUUAGCGACAUUGUGGAGCGAGUGGAAAGUGAAGACAUCAGUGGUAGGCCAAUAGGUGAAAGUGACAUGCCAGUAGCUUUGGAGGAAGUCCCGGAAGAUUCAAAUGGCGUGGACGAGGAUCACGGUGAGAAAGAGACCACUCACGACACAGCUCAUGACGAAGCUCGCGAUAAAACCAUUGAGGAGGCCCCGGAAAAUGCAGGCGAAGACGAAGAUCGCCGUGCUGGUGUGGAGGUCUAGUGCCAAUGAGCAGACGAGCUGGCGAUGAACUGACUUGGAGUGAGAUCGGGGCUGAAGGAUGGUCUAGUGCUCUAGCCAGCCAGGAUAGCCAGCAGCAGCAGAGGGAAUGAAGGGAGUGAAUGAACCGGAUAAAGUGCCGCGUGUUUCUCAAUGAUGGUGGAUGUUAUCUUGCAAUUUUCGAUAAAUGGAUAAAAACUGUGCAGUAUUUUUGUAAAACAAAAUUAUUGAAUAAAAUUAAAGGAAACAUUUAGAAAAAAACCCUCUAUUAUUUUUAUCAAUGUGUCUAUUGCAUUAUCAGUAGU